AUGCCAACCAAUGAAAAAAUCCGAAUAUGGAAAUAUGAGCUGCCGAAGCCGUUGGCCUAUUCAUAUGUGCUCUCAAUCCUUUACAAUAUCGCGUUCUUCCUUCAAUUCACCGCCAUUCCCCAUUUGGUCAAACACCUAAAUCUGUCCGACACACAUUUCGGCUAUAUUCAAACCAUAUUUGGAAUUUUUCAAAUGCUCGGCGGCCCUUUAUAUGGCUACGUCAUUCAGAAGUUCGGAAUCCGACGAGCGCUCUUUGUCUGCUAUUUUUCCACAUUCCUAUCUGGCAUCUUAUUAUUUUUGUCCAAUGAUUUCUAUUCGCUAUUGUUCUCAAGACUUCCUGUGAUAUUCAUGCACGGCCAACAGGCUCAUCAGACCCUCAUCUCGGCGCUCACCAAUCCCGGAAAGGAGCGAACCAGCGCGUUUGGAAGGAUGGGAUUGACGUUUGGCAUCGGUUUCGUGUUCCUGCCAAUCUUCUCGAUCACCUCAACCAAACUAUUUGGCCAAUUCGCGCCGUUCCUCGUGUCCGCCGCUCUUUCUCUCGUCCCAAUUCUCAUUUUAGACGCUUUAAUCCCAAGAAAAGCCUAUGAGCACGAAAUCGCUGAAAACGAGGCACAACCGCAAAUCACCAUCGCCAAUGUUGUUCGGGUCCUUCAAAAACCGGGUGUUUUCAAUAUUCUAGUCAAGAAAAAUGGGCCAAUCAUCCCAUUUUUACUAAUCAUCUCUGUUUUGAAUCUUCAUAUUAUUGAAAAAUUCAACGCAUCUAACACGGAGGAUCAAAUCAUGCAAAUGAUGAUCGGCAUUUUUAUCAUGUUUUCCAAUGGAUUCGGCGUCAUUUUUCUUCGAUCUCAUUUUGCCGAGCAAAAUCUUCUAAUAAUCGGCUCGAUUUUCUUCGUGAUCGGCUAUACUCUCUUCACACUUAUUUUCUUCAACUUCUGGAUGCUCGUCCUCAUCAUGCCGUUCGUCUCAUUGGGAAUGAGUGUCGUUGCGACGUGUAGUGAUAGCAUUCUAACAGCGCUCGUCGACGAGUCCGAACAGGGUCUCGUGUUGGGCACUGCAACAUCGCUCAACUCGCUGGUCCGUACCUUCUCUCCUCUCACCGCCGGCUACAUGAUGCAAGCCUACGGCUUCUCGUCGCUUACCAUAUUAGGUGUCGCAGGAAGCGUGUUCUCAAUCUCUCUAAUGCUUCUGAUACCGGUCGAUGAGAAAUUGAUAAGGAAACACAAGUCAGACUAG